GAUCAUGGCCUCCUACAUUCCGUUACACUACAAUGAUCAGUGCGAAGACCCUUCUAAUUUAAUGCAAUUUUUAGACCACGAAGAGAAUGGUACUCUCAACUACAUCUCAAAGCUCUCACCCAUUUACAGCAUUCUCUCACUCCACACUAGUUACUCUACUUUAUCCACCAAUUCAGGCACUGCAAAAUUUCACUUCAGUGAAGUAUGACAUCUCUCAACGGUUCAGAAACAUUCCUCCUCGAUUGUAGGAACGGUACGGACAGUGUUUCGAACGUUUCGAAUAAGGGAAUGUAGUGAAAUCUGAAAGAGACACGACACAUCGCAGUAUCAGGUUCCAGCAAACUACAUCAGAAUUUAAAUUUUCAAAUCAGUAACUUAAACAGACGCCUUCACAGUAAAUAUGGCUACAGAUAAACUGCAGAUAACGAAUUAAAUUUUUGCUGCAGAUUUGUCAGUACAUAAGAAUGUUAUUUGACAGAUUCCACAAGAUGUCCCAUAAUCCUAUUAUACUUAACUUUCAUGAGGUUUUGCUACAUAAGUCUGAUACUGACUUGCUGGAUGGCCCACACUGGUUGAAUGAUAAUAUUAUAAGCUUUUACUUCGAAUAUCUCGAAAAAAUUGCUUAUAAAGAUGAGAAAAAGCUUUUGUUUGUUAGUCCUGAUGUUACUCAGUGUCUUAAAGUUUGCCCAUCUGAGGACUUGACAGUUUUCCUUGAUCCCCUGCAAGUGAAGGAACGAGAUUUCAUUUUCAUGGCUCUGAAUGACUGUGAAAAGGUAGAUUCUCCUGGUGGUACACACUGGAGCCUUCUAGUCUACAGCAAACCAGAGGACACCUUCUUUCACUUUGAUUCUUUAUCGCAAAGUAACUUCAAGCAAGCAUGGAAACUGGCUGCCAAUCUGUUUAUGUACUUAUCAAGUUAUGGCAAGGGUGAUUUCCAGGAAAUAGACUCAUUACAGCAAGUGAAUAGAUAUGACUGUGGCAUUCAUGUCCUUUGCAAUGUUGAUCUUGUUGCAGACUUCUGUGCAAAAUAUAAUAAAAUAAAAGGAUGUGGAAAAGUUUUGGAAUAUAAUGUUGCAACAAAACGAACUGAGAUAUUAGAUUUAAUAGAAAGUCUUUCAAAAUAGUAAACAAUCAAAUCUGUACAUCUUUAAUUGCUCUGCAAUAUUUACUUCAGUGUAAUAUUAGUUUGGAAUGGUUGUGUUCAAAGAUAGCAUGGAGAAUUACAUUAUGUAAUGAGAUAAUCUAUAGAUUUAUCAAUAAAAAUAUUCUCUGAGAGCUGUUUA